AUGCUGAACGGUGAACAUGACGCUUCCAGUAGCGUUAGUGGGAAGCCACAAAGCUUUGAGAAGAUAGUGUUAGAAAGAGCUUUAAAACGAAGACUCAAGUUGCAGCACUUCUUAGUGCUACGCGCUUAUAAUCUACGGCGUCCAAACGAGACUUUACAUCAACAGUUUCAAUUUCUCAAAAGAUGUGGCGAAAAUGUCAACAAAGGAAAGGAAGUUUUGCAGCUAAAUGAUCUGUGUGCUUACUUGUCUAUUCCUCCGUAUCGUCGCCUUCUCCUCGUCGAAGUACUACAUCUAAACCCAGGGCAAACGCAGGUGAGUUACGAUGAUUUUGUGCAUUUCUUACAAUCGGCAGCAGUACGUGCAGUGGAUGCAGAGCGCCAGCAACAAGAUACAAGUCUUCCUCCUCCACCUUGUCGCAAACCUAAAUCAAACCAUGUGAAUGAAGCUCUUGCUUGUUAUGAUCCGUCACGCGUGAAUCAUGAAGUUACUCGAGCUCCACCAGCUCCUGGUGUCUGGAAGAAACGAGAAGUGACGAUUCAAGAGCGAUUUACAGAGUACACCAAGAUUGAUGACAAAGGUACACCACAGCGCCUUGUGGAGAAGGAACGACAUCAAACUGAAGUGUUGCACAUGGAGUCACCUGAUGGCGAGUUUGCUCAUCGUGAAAUCACUCAAUUUGAACAAACAGAGCAUCUAAACGACGAAAUUGUUCAUUUGGACCAUGGGUGUGAGGAAUUUCUUCACUUAAAGUCUCGGCAUGAUGAGAUUUCGCGAUUUGAGUCGUCCGUGCCGUCUGGGGGUUCAAGUGGUGGCGGUCGUACAGGGGAAUGCGAGCAGCAACCGCCAUCGCCUUCGAUCAAACGAGAUCCUUCUGCAACAACUACCUGGACAGUGAAUGAACGCACUGAUGAUAAUUUCGAAACAAACACGGAGUGA